CGACGGCGGUUGGCGCAUGCGCACUGGAGGGAGGCGGCCCAGGCCAUGGCGGCCGUUUAAAGGUAACCGAUUGAACAAAACCAGAGCGGCAGAUUUUUGCGUCGAAAUCCCCUUUUCCCUCUUUCCACGCCCUGCCGUACCAAAGCGUGACGAGACUGAGGUGUAGGCCUGAGGGGAGGAGAAGAAGCGGAAGGGGGAAAACUCCUAGAAUUCCCGCGCCUCCCCUGUAAGGUUCAGGCCCCGCAUUCCCCUCAAUGUAGAGGGCCGAGAAAGGUUCCUUUUUUAUCUUACAAGGCGGGGGGAGGGUGUCAUAUCACUCCCCUGCAAAAAGGAACCUACUACCCAUAUUAUCCCCUCACUAAUUAGCACUGAGGGGAGUUCUAAUCAAGUCAAUGGUUGGCCGUCCCAAUAAUACUAUCCCACCCUAUUAAUGUUUGUUGUUGUGAUCCCCGUGCAGCAAAGACGAGGUGGGGUGGGAGGAACCCGUUAUUUUUCACUUGUAAUCGCUAAAGAGGGACUUCUGAAUUGAUGGGGGCACCUCUUCCCCAGAGGAUAUUAAGAAAAACCACCUAAGCGAGAGAGAGAAUUUCCCCGUUGGUAUGCCCUUCCCAGUGGAUGAAAACCCCCAGUAUGUAUUGAAUAAGGGAAAGCCAAUAGCAGUCCCCAGUUUAUUUUGGGGACUCACGGCACUGAGAUAGGCGACCAGAACCAUUUUCAGUCGAGAAGAAUCUAGUACGUAAGGAGAACUCAUAGCUCUCCCACUCUUUGGGAGCCAGGUUCAGGCCACAAAUUCCCUUCCCUACAAUUAUUGCUGGAAGGUGAAAACUGUUCUGGGGUGGAAUCUCCCCAUUAAUAUCUGCUUGUGGGGACCCCCCCCGGUCAUUCCCACUUCAGAGCAAUAAGCAUAACCGAGUCCACCAGAAGGAUCUGAAGCAUACCCUUCUACGCACCCGUAUUCCUCUUAAGGGGGCAUUUGGGGGAGAGAAGAGGGGUGUCGUUCCAUAUCAGCGGCGGGGAGCCAAAAGUACCCCCAUUCCUUGCAGAAGAUUUCACGGCGGUCUAGAUAGAAGAUAACCUAGUUGGCACCCAAGUACUCUGGUGUGUGUGUGGGCGCCAUAACCCCGACAGGUGAACCCCAACUUUCGUGGUGAGCAUUCAACAACUUGACCACCACCACUAUUUUUGUUUUGUUAGUAAGUUACCCAGAUAGAGAAGAGAGGGCCCCAUUUUCCCCUUCCCCCACCCUACAGUUUGGGAUUUGGGGAAGAGAAGCAAAGAUCGAGAUGAUCCUUGCAGUAGCAGGAAGAGAAGGGCGGUGAGUCAGUAAGAUCAGCCGGGGGCAGGUGGUGUAGCAAGAAAGGGGGCGAUGGGUCUUGGUGGGGCGGGCGACGACGACGACGGCGGCGCCCCCCGAGGGGUCCAGGUGGGGGAUCCGGACCGGGCGCGGAGAGGGGAAGAAGAAGGGGGAGGCGGCGCUGCCGCUGCUGCAGAAUCCGGAGCCUGAAGGCGCACUGCAUCGCCAUGAGAUCCACCGUAUACAAAGCAACCGCGGCGGCAGCGACGACGACGACGACGGGGCCGGGCUUGUUGGAGCCUGGCCGGGAGGAAGAGGAGGAGCCGCCGCCGCCGCCGCAUCUCCGCCAGCCUCCGCCUCCCCCGCAGAACCAGAUCCCCGUGCCGGCCCCAGCGGCUGCAGCAGCGGCAGGCCCUAAGGGCCGGGCCCUUGUCCCGGCGGCUGCAGCAGCCGCGGCCCCUGGGCAACAGCAGCAGGAAGGCGGCGGUGGCUGCUGCUGGGGUGGCCUGGUACCCUCGCCGUGCCCGGCAGGCAGUACUCGGCAGGCGGGCGUGGGCGAUGCCGCCGGCAGCUCCCGCCCCUCCAAGUACCAGGCGGUGCUGCCCGGACACACCGCUGCUGCCGCCACCGCCGCGAAAGACUGCAAACGCGGUGGCGGCGGCGGCCCUCACGCUGGGCCUGGAGGAGCUCCAGCGUCACUUUCUCCUCCUCCUCCGCCGUUACCAUCACCGGCUUCCGCCACGGCCGAGCCUGGGCAACCUCCACCCCCAACAGCGGCGGCGGGGGGAUCUCCGGCCUCUUCAGAGCCCGGCGGCAAGUGGAAAAGCGGCAGCAGUAGCAGCAGCACCGGUAGCGGCGGUGGUGGAAGCAGCCUUCGGAAGAGCCCCAUGGGGGCCGGCGGGGGUGCCUCCAGCCAGGCGGCCUGCCUCAAGCAGAUCCUGCUGCUCCAGCUGGACCUCAUCGAGCAGCAACAGCAACAGUUGCAGGCCAAGGAGAAGGAGAUCGAGGAACUCAAGGCUGAAAGAGACACACUCCUUGCUCGAAUUGAGCGUAUGGAAAGGAGGAUGCAGCUGGUGAAGAAGGACAAUGAGCGUGAGAAACACAAGAUAUUUCAAGGAUAUGAAACGGAGGAGAAGGUUGAGCCUGAAGUGCCAGAGAAGUUGCCUACAGAAUGCCAGCCACCAGAACUGCUGGAGACGUCCCAGCCGCUGCCUUUGAAACACUUUCCAUAUGGAAGGAAUGGGAAGGGUCACAAACGGAAGUCUGCAUUUGGAAAUGCCGAGAGGAAAACUCCAGUGAAGAAGCUGGUGGCUGAAUUCUCAAAAGUCAAGUGUAAAACGCCAAAGUCUUCUCCAUUGAAAGAGGAACCCAGCAGUUCAUUAACUGAAUCAAUUAGCAGGCGUGAGCUGCGAAGUCAGGAGACUCCUGAGAAAGCCCGGUCGUUAGCAGACACGCCACUGAAAUCCUUGGGCCCUUUGAAAGGAUCUGGGUGCCAUUCAAAAGACAAAGGCUCCUCCAGUGAAAUCGAAGACUUGCCAUACCUUUCCACCACUGAAAUGUACUUGUGCCGGUGGCACCAGCCACCUCCUUCACCGUUGCGAGAGCCUUCUCCCAAGAAGGAGGAGACUGUAGCAAUUCCAUCAUGGAGGGACCAUAUGGUAGAGCCUCUGAGAGACCUCAAUCCUUCAGAACAUUUAGAGAACUUGGAUGACAGUGUGUUCUCCAAACGACAUGCAAAAUUGGAAUUGGAUGAGAAGAGGAGGAAAAGGUGGGAUAUUCAGCGGAUCCGGGAGCAAAGAAUUUUGCAGCGACUGCAGCUCAGAAUGUAUAAAAAGAAAGGAAUUCAGGAAUCUGAGCCUGAAGUUACCUCAUUUUUCCCAGAGUCAGAUGAUGUUGAAAGCUUGCUGAUCACCCCCUACUUGCCUGUUGUAGCAUUUGGCCGACCAUUACCAAAAUUAAACCCACAGAACUUUGAACUGCCAUGGCUGGAUGAGCGAAGCCGUUGCCGGUUGGAGAUGCAGAAGAAACAGACUCCUCACCGGACAUGCAGGAAAUAGGCAUGUCCAACUAGGAGAAAUCUCUGCCUUAAUGAUCCAGCAAAACAACGGCUGCUGGAGGGAAGGGCAGCAAUGAGAGAGGCAAUAUUAUUUUAUCCUCCCAUGAAACAAAGUGAUUCAUCCUUCCAACGCCUCUUGCACUUGCAAAGGAUUGUUUCCUCCCCCUGCCUGAAGUCCAUUGCAACACAAGUUUGUAUAUAUCUUAAGGAAGGUUAAAGUCUGUUACAUAUGAGAUCAUGCCUGUAUUCUUCACUACAGCAAGUGACUCCCAUGGAUGGGAACCUGCCCCCUUUUUUUGUUCACAUUGAGUUAAAUCAAAGUAACAGCUGAAACUUUGUGUCUCUUUGAUGCUUGGUUAGCAUUUGUAAGUAGGUCCUACCUCUGUAACUUUUACAGUAAGUGAAGAUAAAACUUUCAUCCUCUCUAGAGAACAGGCCAUUCCUUUGUAAUUUCACAUGCUCAUCUGUCCAAUCCACACAAUUACAAGAAGCUGCCUCUGUGUGUCUAUGCACAUGCACACACAUGCUUACAAGAUCACUGAAGCUACCUUCCUUUUUUUUCUCUUUUUGAUUUGAAUGAAGCUUCGGUAUAAAUAGAAAGAGUGCUGCAGGUCUCACUUUGCUUGCUUGUUGGAGAUCCCAGUGCAGGAUGAUGUCCAAAGUUUGUUUAUGCAGAAGACAUCAUGAAGGGUAGACACUUAAUCCAACAAAUUUGCUUUUUUAUCCCAACCUCUAAAUAUUAACAGUAGUUGCUAGUCUACUUCUGGGUUAUGUUCCCUGGAAAUUCAGAAGGAUACCUUUCCCCUCCUCAGAGUAGCUGCUCAGUGUGAACAUAGUUAAAAGGUCAUGAGUGUCGCUUAACUUUGAAAUGAGAAAAAAACAUCCUGUCUUUUGCCAAGUACCCUGUGUAGUUGAGGUAGUGCACAAUGCUUGCCUAAUUUUAUUUUGAAUAAGGCUGUAUUUAAAUCUUUUGCUUUUUAGCAUGCCAGCAUGCAUCCUCAAGUAUUUUUUUUUUUAUUCCCUGCAGUUACAAGCCUGGAUGUUUAAAAAAAAAAAAAAAAGCCUCUGGUGUAGGCUUCUUGAAGGCAUUGUUAAUUUCAGACUUGAUCCUGCUUAGGCCUACUUCCUGCUCUAAAGAGUGCAAACAGUUUGCAAGAUCAUGUCUUGAGUCUAUAUCCUGUUUGGGGGAGACGAGAACUGUCAUUGCUUAGCCCUGAAAAUGGCUAUUAAGUGCCACAGUGCGUGUUUCUGAAAUACAAACAGCAGAAUAUCCCCCCUAGUCAAUAGUGUGCUGACUUACAGGAAGAAUCCCAUUUAAUACUAACACAUGCAACUUAGAUCUAAGAAGUGGAUGGGUAGAUGUGUGGAAGUAGGUAGCGGUUGUAACAAAGAAUUUGCAGUGGAUGUUAGUUGGGAGUGGAGGGAAUAGCCUUUCUCCCAAUUGGGGAUACAGCACUGUGAAAUUUGUACUAAAGAAAAGCCCUUGCAAAUUAGAUCUGUUACUUGGUUUAAAACAAGACAUUACCUUAUGUAACCAAGUUUAUUGUAGUUCUAAAAAAACUGUCUGUAAUUCCUCUCCUUUGUUUUCUGCCCUUUGACAUGUGGUUGUCUGCGAAUGCAUCCUUUUUGAUACCAUUUUAAAUAUGUAAAAUCAGUUGUCUUGUAAAUAUCUUAUAAAGGAAAAAAAGUUUGUAAAUACCAAAUUUGUGGCUGUUAAUGUUUGGGUUUUCUUGUUUUUUUAAAUUUUUGCUUUGGUUUAACAGUGUUAACAGGGAGUAUUAAGAGAAAUUCUGCUUGUAUGUUUAA